AUCAACAAAUUGGAGAACGAGCUGAGAACCACGAAGAGUGAAAUGGCUCGGUACUUGAAGGAAUAUCAGGAUCUGCUCAAUGUGAAGAUGGCUCUGGACAUCGAAAUUGCAGCAUAUAGGAAACUGCUGGAAGGUGAAGAGACCCGACUCAGUUUCACUAGUGUUGGAAGCAUCACCAGUGGCUACACCCAGACUGCCCCGACUUUUGGCAGGUCUGCCUACAGUGGUCUCCAGUCCAGCUCCUACUUGAUGACAACCCGUUCCUUCCCCACCUACUACUCCAGUCAUGUCCAGGAAGAACAGAUUGAAAUAGAGGAAACAAUUGAGGCCGCUAAAGCGGGAGAAGCCAAGGCAGCCCCUGCAGAAGAAGGUGAGGAGGAGGAGAAAGAGGAAGGUGAGGAAGAAGCGGGAGGUGAAGAGGCUGAAGAAGAGGAGGAAGGCGCUAAGGAAGAAUCUGAAGAAGCCAAAGAGGGUGAGGAAGAGGAAGGAGAAGGGGAAGAAACAGCAGCUGAAGAAGGCGAGGAGUCUCAGGAAACUGCUGAGGAAACUGGUGAGGAGGAGAAAGAAGAGAAAGAAGCAGCAGGAAAGGAAGAGAGUGAAGUGAAGAAGAAGGCUUGAUUUUUAGGCAGUUUAGCUAUCUCAUCAGGUCCACAGAAUAAAUGAUGAUUGACUGAGCUAAAAUUGCAGUUUCACAUAUUUAAUUCAGUGACCACUGAGGUUUAAAGUUAAUGAUCUAUGACGUUUCUCUCUGUGCAGAGUAUCAGUAUGCUUGCAGAGCACCCACUGGCUUGCUCCCUGAAUGCCGCAUGGUCUACACGUAUGAAUUCAGGGGUUAUGUCUUUCUUGGGUGAAUCAGAACAUUAAAACUUAAAAAGGGGGAAAAAAUAAGUAAUGGGAAUGAAAGUUAUCUUUAACUUGCAUUUAAAAUAAUUAUGGAAACCUUGGGUGGGUAAAUAAUGGAGGCUUCAAUAAGUAUGUGCAAUAAAGCUAGUCAAUAAAGUUACAGAAAUGCUUACACAGA